CAGCCGGAGGCUCUCCGGGGCGGCGCGCACGCUGCGCGGUGUUCCCGGUGGCUCGCCCGCUCCCCGCCCCGCUCCCCGGCCCUCCUCCCGUGCCGCAGCCACCCCUUGCGGGGCCCGGCGGAGCGGCGCGCAGCCCCCGCGGGAUGGGGGGGCUGUGGCCAUGGCUGUGGCCGUGGCUGUCGCUGUGCGCGGCGGAGGCGGCGGAGCUGCGGCUGACCCUGCUGCACACCAACGACGUGCACGCGCGGGUGGAGGCGCAGGGCGCGGGCCCGCGGCGCUGCGCGGCGGCAGAGCCGGGAUGCUUCGGCGGCGUGGCGCGGAGAGCGGCGCGGGUGGCGGCGGAGCGGGCCGCGCACCGCAACGUGCUGCUGCUGGACGCCGGGGACCAGUACCAGGGCACCGUGUGGUUCUCCCGCUUCAAGGGCCGGGAGGCGGUCCACUUCAUGAACCUCCUGCGCUACGAUGCCAUGGCUUUGGGUAACCAUGAGUUUGAUGAAGGUGUGAGUGGAUUAUUGGAUCCUCUUCUUAAAAAUGCAAAUUUUACAGUCCUGAGUGCAAAUAUUAAAGGGCGAACUCCAUUAGGAAAUGAAAUGAUGAAGUAUGUUCAUCCUUUUAAAAUAGUUCAUUUUGACUCAGAAUCAGUUGGAAUUGUUGGCUAUACUACAAAGGAAACUUCUUUUCUUUCACAGCCAGGGGAUAAUAUGAUCUUUGAAGAUGAAAUUGAAGCAUUGCAACUACAAGUGAAUAAACUUACUGCUAUGGGAGUGAACAAAAUAAUUGCACUAGGACAUUCUGGUUUUACCGUGGACAAAAAUAUUGCCCAGAAAGUGAAAGGAGUGGAUGUUGUGAUUGGAGGACAUACAAAUACGUUUCUCUAUACAGGCACCCCACCCUCUACUGAACUGCCAGCUGGCCCGUAUCCAUUCAUGGUUGACUCAGAUGAUGGGAGGAAGGUGCCAGUUGUACAAGCUUACGCUUAUGGAAAAUAUCUUGGUUACUUAAAUGUUACAUUUGACAAGAAAGGAAAUGUAGUUGAAGCAGUUGGAAACCCCAUUCUGCUGGACAGCAGUAUUCCUGAAGAUGAGCACAUUAAGGAAGAAGUGGAAAAAUGGAGAGAAAACCUGGGGAAUUAUUCUGAAGAGAUUGGAAAAACUAGUGUUUACCUGAAUGGUACAAGUCAAGCAUGCCGUUUCCAGGAAUGUAACAUGGGAAAUUUGCUUUGUGAUGCUGUGCUUUAUGAGAAUGUCGGGCGUCCGGAUAAAAAGACGUGGAACCAUGUUUCAAUGUGCAUCCUGAAUGGAGGUGGGAUACGGUCACCCAUUGAUGAGCAGACCACUAAUGGUAGCAUUACUAUGGAAGAUUUGCUGUCUGUUUUGCCAUUUGGAGGUCGUUUUGAUAUGGUGACAUUAAAAGGCUCCACGCUGAAAGAAGCUUUUGAGCAUAGUGUGAGGAGAUAUGGAAGAGGAAGUGGAGAGCUGCUGCAGGUUGGAGGCAUCCACGUGGUCUAUGAUCUCUCCAGAGCCCCAGGAAGCAGAGUUGUUAGCUUAGAAGUGCUUUGCACAGCCUGCAGAGUCCCAGCCUAUGUCCCACUCCAGAUGGAUGAAAUAUACAACGUGACUCUGCCAUCCUAUAUGUUAUUUGGAGGAGAUGGCUACAGUAUGCUGAAAGACAAAAAUCUGGGAUACAGUAAAGGUGAACCUGAUAUUGAGGUUGUUUCCCGCUACCUCCAGAGAAUGAAGAGAGUUUACCCAGCAGUUGAAGGUCGAAUAAAAUUUUCUUCUGGAAGUUUUAUCCAAGCAAGUCUCACCCUGAUCUCUGUAUUGUUCACUGUAACAUUCUUGCACACUUGAUUUUUUUUGAGGAAUACAGGAGAGAUGAUACUAAUGAAGGGAAAAGAGAACUGUUCUCUUCUGUUACACCUUACAAUGACUGAGCAGUGAGGUUGCUUCAUGUCAGCAGCGAGCAGCCCCCAUCAGGCAAGGGGGCAAAACCCAUGACUUCUCUUGGUACCUGCAAUUUGGCUUGAGGUGUCAAGAAGCAAAGUUGCAGUGAAUAGUUACUGCUCAAUCAUAAAACAAUGACAGACUGAAAGGGGGUAUUAUAAAUUGUCAAAUUCUUCUAGCUGCUUUAGAUAGUGAGUUAACAACCUGAUCCCAGCAAUGUAAACAAGCUUCUAGAAAUGGAUUUAUUACAGAUGUAUAUUCCUUUCUUUGAUCUCCACUCAGGGUUAAGGUACUCAAUCUCUCUACUUUGCUUCCAGUCCUAUUUAUCACACCUACACGAAUGCCUGAAAGAAUGGAUUAAACUCAGUGCCAUUAAAAUCAUGAGGUCUAUUUAAUAUGCAAUUUUAAAAAGUUUUUGUUUUACUUUUCAAAAAGAAACAUCACACUUAUAUUUUCCAUUAAUAAAGGAUGCAAUAAAAGCUUGACUUAAUUUUUAUCAAUUUUAACAGAUUCGGUAUUCUUUACUCUUAAAUAAUGAUCAGUUUGGGGACUGUAUCUAGAGUGAGAACACAAUCUAUGACUGUAUUUCACAGAGAUAUAUGCUCAAUUUUGUACCUCUUCCAGAGAACAAAGCAAAGGACUCCUGCCUUUAUUCUGUAUUAGUCACAUUCCAAGAAAAUGUCUGAUACAGGCAUUGACUCCUGCAGCACUUUCAGCAUCCUUGGGAAAUAGUCAGGUAAUGAGGCUUUUUACAGCAUAACCUGGCUUUAUGAUAACUGUGAUUAAACCUCUUCUAUGGGAAGGCUGUGUUUAAAAAAAUAGUUGUAAGAGACAGGCUAAUGAGUAUGUAAUCAGAUUAAAUGCUAAGUGUACAUUGCUGAUGCUUUAUCAAGAAAUGACUGCUUACAAAUGAGGGCAAAAUAAUCAUUAUUUUUCUAAGAUCAUUGGGAAUUUUGAUGUCACCAUGUUUCAGAGUUGUUUAAUGCUGUUUUAAACUGAUUCUCAGUGUUCUGAAUAAACCUGCUGUUUUUCUGGAAA